CGUCAACACAAAAAGUAAACGAAAUUCGCGAACACCGGGACUCUGAGAUAGAAAAAAUAUUACGUUACUUGAGAGAGGCAUACGAUAUGAAUUUGCAAGAUGAACUUGUUGGUUGCUUUGAAUUCAUCAAUUUAAAAUUAGAAACCAAAGUUUUAAAAAAAUGUGAAGACUUGUGUAAUAAAUAUGAUGUUGAACCAGAAGAAUUUUGCAAUAUUUGGUGUGCUUUCGCUGCUUCAACAAUGUGUACAGACGCCCCUACUUUGGAAAAGUUAGAAGUAGUCGAGAGGAAAGAAUUACAAAAAUUGAAUAAGGAAAAACCGUUUCCCAAAACCCCAAAAACUAAUAGGGUAGAAAAUAGAAACAAAGGUGAGGAAAAUGAAGACCGGAGUUUUAACGACAUGCAAGGAUCCCAUAAAUUCUCGAACGAUGAAAUUGAAAACAAAAAUGGAGUGAAUGCAGCUGAACUACCUGGGGAAGAAUUUAUUGACGAAUUAAUAGAAAGUCAAUUGGGCAGCACACAAAACGCGACAAAAUAUGCCGAUAGAGCAAAUGCUCUCCGUCCAAAGUUACAAGUUGGAAAAGGUGAAGACUUCCAAAUUGAUACUGGAAAAAUUGUACCAAUAUCACUCUACUGUCAAGAAAAACCACUUACUAGCGAUGUUAAAUACAUGUAUGAAGUAUUGGGACAAAAAAUUACUUGUCUGAAUAGUGUAGCGAAUUGGAUUGGAACAAAUAUUGCUAAAAGAAAUAAUUGUUUGCUUCAUAGUGACGUUGUCACGAAAAAUUAUAUUGGUCCGAUAAUCACACAUGGCAGAAUUUUCAAUGAUGAUGAAGGCCAACUGAACAUGCAAUCUAUAAUGCUGGAAGGAACAGGUGAAGUGAAUUAUGGUCAAUGUGUCCAUUUGAACAUCGAUAAAGUACCAGGUACAGCCUUGUUUCCUGGACAAAUAGUCGUAGUAAAAGGAAAGAUGUUGAAUGGCGACAAACUGAUUGCUGAAAAUUUGUACACUGAUGCCACUUGUGAUUUACCUCCUAAUCCUGCGGUAACUGAAGAUCCAUUACGAAUAAUAGCAGCUGCUGGACCUUUCACACUCGAUGAGAACUUGAACUACGACACAAUGAGAGAUCUUUUGAACUAUGUAUCAACCAAAGAACCCCAUGUUCUCAUUCUAAUGGGUCCCUUCAUAGAUGAGAACCACCCUAUAAUAUCUAAAGGAGAUAUAGCGGAAUCAUUUGAUGUUUUUUUCGAGACCCUUAUAGAAAGUAUAUCUGUUGCACUUCAAGACACAAACAUUCAAAUAGUCGUGAUAUGUUCUUCGAAAGAUGUGCAUCACUAUAAGGUUUAUCCAACACCUCCCUAUAAACUGAGGGAGAAAUACAAAAAUGUGAAAGUUUUCCCUGAUCCUUGUAUAUUGAGAAUCGACGAUUUAAUAGUGGGUGCAACCACUACUGACAUAAUGUAUCAUAUUGCCAAAGAAGAAGUUGUAACCACUAAGAACAGUGAGACUCUAGCUCGUUUACCUGCCCAUAUUUUGCAGCAACGAUGUUUUUAUCCAUUGUAUCCACCAAGUAAUGAAGUAAAUGUUUGCUAUCAGUUCUUGGAAUCUUAUGGAAUGAUGGAAUGUUUACCGCAUUUGUUAUUUUUACCAUCUAAAUUCAAAACAUUCGCUAAGAAUAUCCAAGGAUGUGUUGUUAUGAAUCCGGAAAGGUUAACCAAAGGAAACACUGGAGGAGCAUUUGCUGAUAUCACAAUCCUACCAGGCACAACUCCUAUUGUAGAAAGAUUGAAUUGUAAGAUACUGAAUAUUUGAAUAAAAUUAGAAAGAUUAUUGUAUUCCUCAA